UUCCCCCCGUGCUCUCUCAGUCUCUCUUCUGCAACUCUCUCUUUCUCUCUUCUGCAACCUCCUCUUUCACCACCUAUAGGCCACCAAAUGGCGAGCUGCGAGCAUCGAUGGACUCGUCUCCUCCUCCUUAUCACGCAUGUGGGAGUUGUUUGCGACGAUUUGGCCGGAAAUGUGGAGAUCGAAGCCAACAGUUUUACUGUAGCAAUUGGUCAACGCCGAUUUCCGGCCACCUCCGGUCAUAAAGUCAGGUCCAUUAGAAGCGCUUUGAGCCACUCUUCAUGCUCACCAAGUUUCAGAACCCAGAUCGAAGCAUGGAGGAAGAAAGGAUAAUUGGAAAAUUUCACUGUACUUCGGAGUGCUUAAUUGUUCGGCCACUUCAAGGGCGACGUACCGAGCUAUUGCUCGACGAAGGAACUCGUAUGCAUAGUCGCCUAAACAGUACAGAAUCAAAAAUGCAUUCGAAUCAUCUGCUUCUGGAGGAGCCGAUAAGGAUGGCUUCGAUUCUGGAGGCGUCCAAGGCUAGUUUUUUUCCUGCAAUGACGAAGAUUGUGGGGACGCUAGGGCCGAAAUCCCGAUCUGUGGAGGUCAUCUCUUCUUGCCUUGAUACGCUUAAAAGCAAGCAUAUAAUUUAA